AUGGGGAUUGUGGAGAAUUAUGAGAGAAUUCGUGACUUCAGCAUAGCUGUUGUUGGUGUGGGUGGUGUUGGCAGUGUGACAGCUGAGAUGUUGACUCGCUGUGGUAUUGGCAAGCUGCUGUUGUUUGACUAUGACAAGGUGGAGCUGGCUAACAUGAACAGGCUGUUCUACCAGCCGCACCAAGCUGGUCUCAGCAAGGUCGAGGCUGCAGAGAGGACGCUCAGAGAAAUCAACCCAGAUGUUGAGUUUGAAGUUUACAACUACAACAUUACAACAGUUGAUAACUUUCAACAUUUCAUGGACAGAAUCAGGCUGGGUGGCAAACAGCAGGACACGCCUGUUGACCUAGUUCUCAGCUGUGUCGACAACUUUGAAGCUCGUAUGGCAAUUAACACAGCCUGCAAUGAACUGGGUCAGUCGUGGUUUGAGUCUGGGGUCAGUGAAAACGCUGUGUCUGGUCACAUCCAGUUUAUUGUACCUGGGGACACCUCAUGCUUCGCUUGUGCCCCUCCACUAGUCGUGGCCACCCACACAGAUGAGAGGACCCUGAAGAAAGAGGGUGUGUGUGCGGCUAGCCUCCCCACCACCAUGGCUGUUGUUGCUGGGUUCCUGGUCCAGAAUGUCCUCAAGUACCUGCUCCAGUUCGGAUCUGUCUCCUACUACCUGGGCUACAAUGCCCUCCAGGAUUUUUUCCCCACCAUGAGGAUGAAGCCCAACCCCCAGUGUGAUGACUCACAUUGUCGCAGACAACAGCAGCUGUUCCAGGAGAGAGAAGCCGCUAGACCAAAGACAGACAAGCAGGAGAAAGUGGAGGAGGUGGCUGUGGUACAUGAGGAGAAUGAGUGGAGUAUAGAGAUUGUAGCUGAGACAACAGAAGAAGAAGCUCUGGCAGCUGAAGGUAAAAAACCAGAGCUGACAGAAGGAGUUACAGUGGCUUACACUAAGCCUGCCACACAGGAGGUGGACGUGACUGAGUUUGUUCCUGCCACAGAGUUGAGUUUACAAGACCUGAUGAAACAGAUGCAGAACUUGUAACAUCAAGUCACUGGCAACAUUUAGGCUGUGUAAUUAAUUCAAUUAAUGUCUGA